AUCUUCAUCAUCCGUUUCCCGGUCUGUAGGUCAUUCGGUACCAAACUUCCAUUCAUUUAUUUGAGCUUGUUGCACUCGUUUUGUAUUCAUUCACUUCUCGUAACUUCUUCACUCUACGCAGGAUCGUCAUUCUUUUAUCCAAAAAGCUCAAUCAAAAUGAAGUACAUUCUCCAGACCCUUGGCCUCGUAGCCGUUGCUGCUGCCCAUGGCUAUGUCGACAACGCGACUAUUGGUGGCAAGGAGUUCACCUUCUACCAGCCAUAUCAAGAUCCUUACAUGAACCCGGCUCCCCAACGUAUCUCUCGACUUAUCCCUGGAAACGGUCCAGUCGAGGAUGUCACAUUGGCGGACGUUCAGUGCAAUGGUGCUAAGGCAUACGGCACUGAUGGAUCAAAGCCCGCUCCUCUUCAUGCUGAGGCUGCUGCCGGGUCUAAGGUUGACCUUCGAUGGACUCUGUGGCCUGAUAGCCACGUGGGUCCUGUCAUCACCUACAUGGCUCGCUGCCCUGAUGCCGGCUGUAACGACUACAUGCCGGGCUCUGCAGCGGUCUGGUUCAAGAUCAAAGAGGAGGGCCGCCAAGGCACCUCUAACGUCUGGGGAGCUACGCCUCUGAUGAAGGCUGGUGCUGUUGCCAGCUACACCAUUCCAUCUUGCCUUGCUCCAGGCUACUACCUCGUCCGUCACGAAAUCAUCGCUCUCCAUUCUGCCUAUCAGUACCCCGGUGCCCAGUUCUAUCCUGGAUGCCAUCAGCUCAAGGUCACUGGAUCGGGAACGACCAAGCCUUCCAGCCUUGUCGGUUUCCCAGGAGCUUACAAGGCGACUGAUGCCGGUAUCACUUACGAUGCCUACAAGGCUCAGGCAUACACCAUCCCCGGACCCAAGGUCUUCACUUGCUAGGUGUAACACGUCGAAGGCAGACAAGGGGUUGUUCACUGUAUAUACUUU